GGCACGCUCGGGGGAGCCGGGCUGGCUGCGGCGGCCGGCGGGGCGCGCACUCUCGGGAUGGAGGGCGAGUGCCGGGCACCUCAGGCGCGCUCCUCGGGCCUCCCGGCUGGGGGCGCCGGCGGGGAGAGUCCGGGGGGCGACGCCCCCCUCUCCGGCAGCAGCGGCUCCUCCGCCCUCCUGCAGGCCGAGGUGCUGGAUCUGGACGAAGACGAGGACGACCUGGAGGUGUUCAGUAAGGAUGCCUCAUUGAUGGACAUGAAUUCCUUCAGCCCUAUGAUGCCAACAUCUCCUUUAUCAAUGAUAAACCAAGUCAAGUUUGAAGAUGAGCCAGAUUUGAAAGAUCUUUUCAUUACAGUUGAUGAACCUGAAAGCCAUGUUACUACAAUUGAAACGUUCAUUACUUAUAGGAUUAUUACUAAGACGUCUCGUGGGGAAUUUGACUCCAGUGAAUUUGAAGUUAGGAGACGUUAUCAAGAUUUCCUUUGGUUGAAAGAAAGACUUGAAGAAGCACACCCCACUCUGAUUAUUCCACCGUUGCCAGAAAAGUUUAUAGUGAAAGGAAUGGUGGAACGCUUUAACGAUGACUUCAUUGAGACACGCAGGAAGGCAUUGCAUAAAUUUUUGAACCGAAUUGCUGAUCAUCCAACUCUAACAUUUAAUGAAGACUUUAAAGUUUUUCUUACUGCACAAGCUUGGGAACUCUCUUCUCACAAGAAGCAAGGGCCUGGAUUACUCAGCAGGAUGGGGCAGACGGUCAGAGCGGUUGCAUUAUCAAUGAGAGGAGUUAAAAGCCGCCCCGAGGAGUUCAUGGAAAUGAAUAACUUUAUUGAAAUAUUUAGCCAGAAAAUAAAUUUGAUAGAUAAAAUAUCUCAGAGAAUUUACAAGGAGGAAAGGGAAUAUUUUGAUGAAAUGAAAGAAUAUGGCCCAAUUCAUAUUCUGUGGUCAGCAUCAGAAGAAGAUCUGGCUGAUACUCUAAAAGGUGUUGCCAGCUGCAUUGACAAAUGCUGUAAGGCCACUGAAAAACGGAUGUCUGGACUCUCAGAGGCCCUGCUUCCUGUCGUACAUGAGUAUGUACUUUAUAGUGAAAUGUUAAUGGGUGUCAUGAAAAGAAGAGAUCAAAUACAGGCAGAACUGGAUUCCAAAGUUGAAGCUUUGACCUCUAAAAAGGCAGAUACUGAUCUGCUUACGGAAGAGAUUGGAAAACUGGAAGAUAAAGUGGAGUGCGCUAAUAAUGCCUUGAAAGCAGAUUGGGAAAGAUGGAAACAAAACAUGCAAAAUGAUAUCAAGUCAGCAUUUACAGAUAUGGCUGAGGAGAAUAUCCACUAUUAUGAACAGACUAUAUACUAUGGACCAAUAUAUAGUUCCUGUAAAGAAAAGGAAGAAAUGAUUUAAAACACACAUGCGCACACUGCAUGAUACAACAUCUUGAAAAAAGAAGGUUCUAGGAUGAAAGUUAACGGACAUACAUGGUCCAACCCCCCUAUUCUAUGAAUGGGCGAAUAGGCCCAGAGAAAUGAAAAGAUUUGCCUGAAGUCAGACUGUGGAAUAGAACCUCUUCAUAGCCCACCAUCUUGAGAAAAUAUUGAUUCUUAAAUGUGGAAGUUUUCAUUGGAAGCUAUAUCUACAGAAACACCAUUUUUGUUAUCAUUCAUUCUUUAGAAAACUUGAUCACAUCUGCUUGUGGGAUCACUACCUACUUAUGAGAACUAAAGAGACAUUUACCUUUUCUAAUGGCAAAAUGUCAUCACUACUUUACUGGGGUAGCAAGAGAUUUACUUUCAAGAAGAGUUUUGGAAUUAAAACUUAUUUUCUAAAUAUUCUGUCUGGGUAUUUGAGAAGUUUUUAAGAAUGUGUUUUGGGACAAAAGGGCUUUUGUUUACCUGUCAGGCCUGUUUGCCCUAGUUCUGGCUCACUUUUCUAACUGUACAGCCUUUUUCCCAGUCCUGCCCUUCAUAGAGAAGCUACAGUUUUUGGUCUUUGUCUACAAACUGGAGCCACCUGGAAAAAAGUGUGCACUGCAUUCUCAGUUAACGAGGAUUUGUGAUCGACUUGCUUUCUGGUCACCCAACAUCCUGCCAAUAAAUAUGUUCAACAUAUUUAUGGACUUACUUUUACUGCAGUGGAAACGUGGGGCACUAGAAAAGAGUGCUGGACUCAGUGGAUCAUGGUUUCCUUAACUAUAAGAUGCAAUUACUUGAGUUUGUCAAAGUAUUGUUGUAUCAAAUAAAAUAAUGUGUAUGGAAAAUUAUGACACAUUAUUCAACUAAAAGUGGAAUUGUUGCUGAUUCUCUUAUGACAAUAUGAGAGUCUAAAACUAGAAUGAGCUGAUGGGUAUGAUUAAAGGUCAGGCCACCCGUGACACUGGGUAUUUUUGAUUGUUACUCUAAUUUUGAUAUUAGUUUGCUUUACUAAUUGUAAUGAUUUAAAAGUGGGAAAAAAGUCAAUUCCUUGAUAGAAAACAGUGAGAAGCCAAAUAACAGAAAUACAUUUUUUUCAAAUAAUUGUUUUAACAUCUUUUUCUUCUUCUUUUUUUAAAAUAAAUUUAUUUAUUUUAUUUAUUUAUUUUUGGCUGCG